AUGAAUACGUGUUGUCCACCAGAAGUGGUCCGCAUUGUCUUCAUUUUGGUCGUAUUGAACGCAAACACCGAUUACCAGACAAUUCGCUACUCUUUCGAAGACGACUCCUUCGACUCGAUCACUGAUUUGAUCACAUAUUAUGUCGGAAACAAACGACCCGUCAGUUUGGCCUCAAUGGCAGUCAUCACAACCCCGGUCAAUCGGACUCAACCCUUAUCUGGUCUUCAGUUCUUUCAAAACAAAACUCCGGGAGAUUUGGUUGAAAUGAAAUACAAUUCGGCAACAAUUGAGUCGUUUUCCAGUGAAGACAACACCACAAGAGACGCGCCAUCGAGUCCACCGCCAAAACCGAGUCGAAUACCUGUCAAUACAGAUGUCAUAGACUUGGCUUCGGAUGACAUCAAUUCCUCGACGGAACAGAAGUUUUCAAAUAUGAGUUUAAAUUGUGAUAAUAUAUCCGAAAGCAGUGGUCAUUCUUCGCAUAAACACGAGUCAAACGGUUCAGAAGACAGCGCUUUCUUCUCCGAAAAUAUUUCGCCGAAACAAACAGAAGAUAACAAAUACGAAGAAAUGACACAAAAGACAGAAAACAGUGACACGAAAGCUGUUCCAACACUGCGUCCGCCCACCUAUUCAUCGCUAAUAAAAGCGCAAACAUUUCAUACAUAUCUACUCCCGAAAGACAAUAAGCCUUUAGACGCUUCGGCCGUAAUUAAGAUCCAAUCGGUUCUGUCGGACACUGGACCUCGAAUUCUGGCCAAUCAUUUAGCCAAAUGUGACCUCGAAUUCAUCCGACUAUUUGAUGCCAACUAUAGAUUCAAUUUAGGAAUUUCUUCGGCGUUUGAAUUGAUUCUUCUGCCAAACGGACAACAAAUGCGUUUAGAUUUACUCGAAAGACACAAAUGUCUGAAAUAUUUUAUUUGUAUCACUAUUUUGACGGCAAUUAAUGACGAAAAAAGAGCUCUGAUUUUGAAUAAAUGGAUUGAAAUUGCCAUUGAAGUGAAGACCGCUUUAGGAGACCUGUUUGGCUUCGGAGCCGUUAUGGAAGCGCUUUCUAUGGAACCAAUUCUCAAACUGAAGACCAUUUGGGCGAUUGUCAGACGAGACUUCACUAAAAAUGCCAUCACUUAUGAGACUAAACUUCGACCUCAACUGAAGUCUAUGACUGAAUGCACAGAACCUCAAGCUCCCAAUACAUGCUUUCCAUUCAUUUUGACGUUAAUGCAAAUACUGGAAAGACAUUCAGAUAUUGUUAAACAGAAAGAAAUGGCAAACGAUAAGAUGAUAUCAAAACAGUCGGAAUCGUUGGGCUUAUGGUUCGAACAGACAUCAGUGGAUUGUGGUCUCCAACAAAUAUUUAGUCAUUUAGAGUCCGGACCACAACUUAUUGAACAGUUAGGCAACUAUCGACGCAAUGGUCGGGUAGUGUUGGACGACAUACUGUUCGAGGAACUGUUGACAGAUAUGUUUCAAACAGAAUUUCAUCGACAGUUUCUCUUCGGUUUUCGGGGAUCUGAUGUCGAAAACGAUGAAAAGUUCGAGAAAUUUGAUAAAAUAAUCGCAGCUUUAUCUUCUGUUGCCAUAUCAACCAUUCCUUACGAACUCCACUUCCGAAAUAGAGUUACAUUUCCACUAAACGCUUUAAAGGAAGAGCUGAACGAAACUCGAAAAUAA